UGUCCACUUCAGGACGCACCGGAGGAACGGAGCGGAGCGGAGCAGCAACAUGGCUGCAGAUUAUUGGGAGCCAGGAAAACCCAAGAUUCUGUCAGACUGAACCGAGCCAAAAAUAACCCGGGACAGACCGGGACAAACCUUCCCGGUGUGGAAUCCAGGCUGGCUGCCACGCCACCCUCAGCGUCACGCCCCCCACUGCCCCCCCGGCCCCCACUCAUGGAGAGGAUGAGGAAGAUCAAACGGCAGUUGUCACUCACUCUGGGGAGGGGAGGGGCUGGGGGAGGGGAAAGGACGCUGAGUGACACCAUCAACCAGGAAGUGACAUCGCACAGUGAUUCAGAGGUGUCUCUUCGUUCUUCUUCUGGUGGUUUGAAGGUUCGAGGUUCUUCUUCUUCUGUUCAGUCUCUCCUUCAGUCGUACAGCAGCUCACUGAGGAAACCUCGAGGCCUCGGACGCAGCCUGAGCUCUUACCUGAACCACACCAACAGACUGGAGAUUGUCCAUGAAGAUGUGAAGAUGAGUUCAGAUGGAGAAAGUGAUCCGGCUUCUUCUUCAGAUGACGUACAGAGUCCAGUUAGAGUCAGACUGAGGAACAAGAAGAUCUCUACUGAGGACAUUAAUAAACGUCUCUCGUUACCGGCUGAUAUUCGUCUUCCUGAUGAUUACCUGGAGAAGUUUAAUCUGAUUGGUCCAGCUCUGUUUGAGCAGCCAAUCAGCAGGAGGCUGCGUAGAGUGUCUCUGUCAGAGAUUGGUUUUGGGAAACUAGAAACGUACAUCAAACUGGACAAACUGGGAGAGGGGACCUACGCUACAGUGUAUAAAGGUCGCAGUAAACUGACUGAAAACCUUGUGGCUCUGAAGGAAAUUCGACUGGAACAUGAAGAAGGAGCUCCAUGUACUGCAAUCAGAGAAGUGUCUCUGUUGAAGGAUCUGAAACACGCUAACAUCGUCACGCUUCAUGACAUCAUCCACACACAGAAGUCCCUCACGUUGGUGUUUGAGUACCUGGACAAAGAUCUGAAACAGUACCUGGACGACUGUGGAAACAUGAUCCAUGUUCACAACGUCAAACUCUUUCUUUUCCAGUUGCUGCGAGGUUUGUCAUACUGUCACCGCAGGAAAGUUCUCCAUCGAGAUCUGAAACCCCAAAACCUGCUGAUCAACGAGCGAGGAGAGCUCAAGCUGGCAGACUUUGGUUUGGCUCGAGCGAAGUCGAUCCCAACAAAGACAUACUCUAACGAGGUGGUGACACUGUGGUACCGACCACCGGACAUCCUGCUGGGCAGCACCGACUACUCCACUCACAUCGACAUGUGGGGUGUUGGUUGUAUCUUCUAUGAGAUGGCCACAGGUCGACCUCUGUUUCCUGGUUCCACGGUGGAGGAGGAGCUUCACUUCAUCUUCAAACUGCUUGGUACUCCGACAGAGCAGAGCUGGCCUGGGAUCAGUUCUAAUGAGGAGUUUGUGACAUACAACUACCCUCAGUACAGAGCAGAGAGACUGAGUAACCACACCCCCAGGCUCAGCAGUGAAGGAGUGGAGCUGUUGUCAAAAUUCCUGCAGUUUGAAGGGAAGAAGAGGAUCUCUGCAGUCGAGUCGUUGAAUCAUCGUUACUUCAGUAACCUUGGAGUCAGAGUGAUGUCACUUCCUGACACGACGUCCAUCUUUAGUCUGCCAGAGAUCCAGCUGGAAAAAGAAACAACAAGACCGACAGCAACACCUGACACAGCAAACAGUCCGACCAGGAGGAGGAGUCUGCUCUUCUGACACCCCCAGGGCGAAGGCUAUACUAAUGGUCUCACAGGAGGUGGGAUCUGCUCUUCUGACAUCAUCUGCGAGCGGGGUCUGUCACAGGACAGACAAAGGGAAACUGAAAGGACAGGAAGUGGUGAUUUUUUUCUGGAGGAGGAAAUGCUGCUGGGGAACAGGAGGUAAAACAAAAGAAGAAGAAAACUAACAAGAGAAGAAGAAGAAGAAGCCUAGAGACACAGUAAUUAAUCACAGCAGCCAUCUGACCAAUCACAGAAAAGCAUAGAGCUUCACUUCAGUACAUGAAGAGAUAAAGACAUGAGUUAAUGAUUUAAAGCUUACUGAACAGAUGUCUUCCAUUUUCACUGCACAGAUUUAAAACUUAAGACUCUUUAUAGGAUCCUGGAAAAAGUGGAAUUAUAUCAUGAAGAUUUGUUGUCAUAGAAACACCUGGAAACACCUGGAAACAGUGUCACUUGUAUGAACACCUGCAGUGUCUGCAGUGGAGCUGUUUCAGUUAACCCUGUUUCACUUUCACAGAGAAACAUCAGUGAUGAAAUAGUAAACAAAAUGACAUCACAGUCAUUCAGAUUGAUGAUGUCACAGGUGAUAGAUGGGACUCUCUUCACAUUUUUUAAAAGUAAUAGAAACACAUCAGAGAACAGGGAGGACUGUAAUAGGUUAAUACCUUAAAUUAUGGCUGCAUUUGUUUUAAAAGCAGAACAUCAGAAUUUAUCAUCAGGUCAGACAGGACGUGCUGCAGACAGAUUGAUUUUUACCUGUUUUAUAUUCAGAACUGAGUAUAAACUGUAAAUAACAACUGUAUCUGCAGUAAUAAGAGAGAGAAGGUCAUUUUAAAUGAAUUACUUUUACAUUAAAUGCUGACGAAGAACGUUUAUAAAAUGUAGCUCUUCAAAGUUUAAAGAACUUUAUAAUCUGUGUUUCUGCCAUAGUACAGUACUAAAACAACAGUACAGUAUCUACAAUACGAUAGUGUUAUUAUAAAACACUGUUCGAACAGAAAUCUGCAGAAAACAGGAAGUGACUCUUUUAUUCUGAAAGUAUGAAACUGGUUUCUGCUGUUCUGCAUGUGUGUCGUACACUCUGUCUGUAUACUGUAAUACUGUUAAUAUAAAUACAAAUACUGUAAAAAUACAGUAAUACUGUAAAUAUUACACAGUAAUACUAUACAUCUUCAGUGAACAGCUGUGAGUCAGAGCAGCUGUUUUCUCUCCCUGUGCUGUUUAUUACAGAUACAUUUAUUUCAACAGGAUUCAUAAAUUAACUUAUUGUUUUUAUUUUUGUUGUUGGUUUAUAAGUUGUUUUUCUCACUGAGACUGUUGGGAACCUGGAGAGGACAAUGUGAUGUCACCAGGGCCUCAGUGACAUCAUUGCUGUCUCCUCUGUGAACCAUAUGACAUGUCAAAGGACAGUGCUCUGAUUGGCCGGCGUAGUUCUGUUUGUCGCUGCAAAGACUGAGCUUCACAAAUAAAACAAAACUUUGCUCACACCGAAAAGUUUUACUUCAAAGACACUUAAAGUUUUUGUUUCAGAGCCAAGACAAUGAGCACUCAGUCAGUCGACAGCCAUUAUUCAGCCGACAGUAAGCUGACAGUUAGCUGACAGCCAUCAUACAGCCGACAGUCAGCCAACAGUUAGCCAACAGCCAUGGUUCAGCCGAUAGUCAGCCGACAGUUAGCUGAUAGCCAUCGUUCAGCUGACGAUCAGUUUUUCUGUCACAUCUGUGAUGAUUUCAUUGGAAAUUCCAGAUGUUUGGGAGUUGGAGACAUUUUUCCUCAUCCUUUCAGUUUAGAUUCAAAGUCAAAUAGAACUUAAGAUCAGGCCUAAGCUUUAGGCAGAACAAACAGUUUUUUGUGUCUUUAUUUACAGCUGACAGAAGUUUUGUUUGUGGAAACAAACUAAAACAUUUUAAACUGAUUGAGAGCCUCAUGAAGUUUUAACCUCACGUGCUCAGAGUCCAGGUGUCGGUGGGCGGGACUUAUCCACAGUUCAUCAGUCUCGGGUAGAUUUUCUUCAGAUUCUCGUUCCUUCAGACAAUUUUUUUUAAGAGUUACAAGCAUUUUUUUUUUUUUUUUUUUUAAAGAGAUGUGAUGAAACAUUAGCAAUAGAAAAGUAUUGAUCAGAAGACAAUAAUGAUUUAUCAGAGUGUUAAUAUCAAUGUGUUUGACUCAGAGAAAUCUGGGGCUUAAUCUGCUGUAAAAUGUCACAAUAUGUACAUGUUUGUAUGUGAGAGGUUGAAAAUAUAAAAUAUAUGAAGAGAACACCUUUAUAUUUUAUUGUCUUCCUGAAUAUCAGUGGAUCAACUUGAUGCUGAUCAGCAGAAUCUCCACAAAUCUAACCUUAUAAAUAAUUUAUGUCCAGUUUAAAGCAACAAUCAGACAACAGAAAUACAAUUAAAUUUCCAAAGUGUUAAAUAUCUGACAGAAACAAGAAAAUGUUGCAGUUUUUGAGUUUAAUAUUUCAAAUAAUUUAGGUCUGUUUUAGAGUUUUUUAAAGAAUGAGUUUAAAAUAUUUUUUCUGUUGCUCAUAAUGAAAAUGUUUCAAUUAAAAUCCACUGACAUUCAAAGUGACAAAACAAGAAAAAGUGGAGAAGGUGGCAGUAAAUCUGAGUUCAGAGUGUUUCUGUGUUUCUGUGAAUCAAACAGACACUCUGAGUCACAGUGAAGCUUCACACAUGUUUAUGCAGAGUGUUUGUUAAUGAAUGACUGUUGAAUGUAACUACAAACUGUUGAUGUGGUCAGUAGUUUAAACUUGACUGAGUUUACAAUAAUAAUGUGUACAGAGUUAUUGAUUAUUAGAGAUAAUCAGAGUUUUUAACCUGCACGCUGCAGUGUCGUGUUGUUCUCAAGCUGCUGUUCAACUGCAGAGAAAACAGCAUUUAGAUCUGAGACUAGAUCAGCCGUCUCUCUUCAGACGUCACCUGAAUGAUCCAGACCAUUCAGUAAACCUGGUGGCCAUAUCUGAUGGAUGGAAACUAAACAUGUUAACACCUCACAGGUCAACAGGUUUGACUCCUGGUUUCCAAUUGUCACAAUAGACACUUAAGAGUUAAAACCAGCAGUUACUGUGAAACUAAUGAAACUCCAGUCUGAUGUCUUUGGGUUAAACAGGCAGCUGUCACACAACUGACUUUCUCAUCUGUUACAUUUGCUCUUAGUGUCCAUAAAUUAAGCUUAUCAAUAUCAAUCAUUUUAAAUAUUUGGAUUUUGGUGUCAAUACAAUACUAGUGCCAGCACAGACUCCAUAAUGUAAAGAUUUAUUAUCAAAAAAUAUCUGAUCAGAGAAUAAGGAUCAAACUGUAAUCCUAAAUAUGGUUUCAUUUCAGUCAUGAUGAAGAAAUGACAAAAUAUCUCAGUGAACCCAUCACAAAGUUCAGAUUUGAAGAGAAGCAGAAACAGGUGUGGUUUGUUUAUUCUAGUUUAGAAGGAAUCAGACUAAUGAACUGUGGGGAAAUGUGUUUGACAUCCACAUGGAUCCAGAUGCUGUUUUCUCUGAUUUUGUAAAUUAACUAACAUGCUUUGUUUUGGUUGAUAACAUACCAAAGUUCUCUGCAAUAUACUGCACUGCAUGAUGGGAUUCUUCCAGAUAACUUCUAUGCUGUUUAUUCUUUGAAUAUUCUUCCAUCUUCCACAAAGCAGUGCAACAUAUCUGAUGCUAUAACUGAUCUGCACACUUGAAAUAUCAGUCAAAGUAUGGAAGUUAAAGUAUAUCCUGUUACUGUGUACAAUUCUGUUUACUACAUGUAUUCUGGAUACAUUUACAGUAUAUAAAUGUACAUUAAAAUUCUUUAUUUAUUCUCAA